CGGCAACGGGGUGGCGAAUAGCCCUGCGUUUGACGAGUACCGAACUAUUCCCAACAUCUCGAGCACUUUUGCCUUGGGGCCCGAGUCUGAAGUCAUCACCCAGUUCUCCGGGGCCACGCCACUGGGUUUGUACACCAACUGGUUCACCGGCAUGGUAACAAACACGUUUGCAGCUCUGUCUGCCAUCGAUGAGCUCCAUCACGAAUAUGUGCCCAAGAUGCAAGCAGCCGCGCCUCACGCCAACUUCUCCACGCUCAUCGCGUUUCAACCCGUCACGGAGACCAUGGUCAAGAACGGCAACAAGCGCGGUGGAAAUAUUCUGGGGCUGGAGCGCGUCGUCGCGAACGGUCCGGCGCUCCUGUGGUUGGUGGUGCCGACGGUCGACACUGCGGACCACCAAAGCGCGAUCUUGCCAGUCGCGCGGGAGCUCGUGCGGGCGAUCAAUGAGAGGCAAAGAGAGCAGGGUACUCAUAUAGAUUGGGUCUACUUGAACUAUGCCUGGGGCGACGAGCAGCCGCUUAGGUACUAUGGGGCUGAGAAUCUGGCGUUUCUGCGUCGGGUAUCGAAUAGGUACGAUCCCAUGCGCGUGUUCCAGAGCCUGAGGGGGACGGGGUUCAAGCUGGACGGUUGAGACUGGAGGGUAGAGUAGCCGGCAGACUGUUUGGCGAAGCUGCUCAUUGACGAAGUUGAGACCUUUCUUAUACGCGCGGCAACUAUGACAUCGGAUGUUGACACGCAAAAUAUGUGUUAUAUGCAUUGGCUAUCUUGCAACAUGGAAAUGCUCCAGCAGCUGCCACCCCCCAGAUUCACGAUUUGGUUCGGGCUCCGUGCCGGAUUCGCGUUCAUGAGUUGAGAUGACUCGGCCGAGAAACGUGUCAGAUCGUCAGGAUCGACACGGAUGUAACAGUCCGUCGAUGCUGCGCGAACCUGGCAGGCCGACUCCUCCGUGGAGUGUUUCCCCUGUUCUCCGCCCCCUGG